AUAAAUCCAUAGAAAUAAAAUAAAAUAAAAUAAAAAGGAAAAGAAAAGCAAAGAAACAAAAACAAGGCAAAAACCUCAGUUGCGGAAAGAAACAUAAUCUGGAAUUCGAGAAGCAAAUUAAUCGUUUGCGGUUGCUUUGUUCCUCCUCUCGCAGAUGGUAAGGGGAGGAAGGUUUAGUGGCAAACGCAAUUUCCGAAAAAGGGUUCGGUCAAAGGAGGGAGUCUCUGAUGACUCGGACGAGGACUAUGUGCUUUCAGAUGAAGGUAAAGACGCAUCUGACUCAUUAGAUGGAUGUGCGUCAGAGGAGAGUUUUGAUAGUUUUAUGGAAGAUGAGGAGGAGGCAGAAUUUCAAAGAGUGAGGAAUUCCAAUAGGUCCAAGGCAAAGAAGGGCAUUUUUGGUCAGCGGAAAAAUGCAAGUAAAAAAUCACACAAGAGGGGAAGGAUUACAUAUGCAGAAGAAGAUGAGGAGGAGGAGUUAGAUGAAGAGUUAGAGGAGGAGGAGGAGGAGGAGGAAUUAGAAGAAGAGUUAGAAGAAGAAGAGGAGGAGGAAGAGUUAGAGUUAGAGGAAGAGGAAGAGGAAGAAUACAAAGAGGAGGAGGAGGAGGAAAUUCAAGAAGUGAGAAAUUUCAAUAGGUCAAAGGCCAAAAAUGGUGUAUGUGGUAAGAAAAGAAGUGCUGGUAAAAUCUCCCAAAAGAGGGGAAGGAAAAUACGUGCUGAACAACUGGAAGAAGAGGAGGAGGAGGAGGAGGAGAAACUAGGGGAGGAGGAGGAGGAGAAGGUGAAAAGAGGUGGAGAUGAGGAAGAGGAGAAAGAGAGAGAUGGGGAGGAUGAAGAUUUUGACUAUGAUGACGAGGAUGAUGAAUUUUUGCCAGAGGAAGAAGAUUAUUCAGAUGAAGAGGAUGAAAUGAGGGGAGGAAAGAAGAAAAAUGAUGGAAUGAAAAUGGACAAGAAGGUUUUGCAGAAGAAAAGGACCUCUGUGGUUUCUACCAGAGGUCGAAAAAGGCGGAGUUCUAGAGCAUCAAAGAAGCCCUUGAGAAACAAAAGAAGAAAGAAUGGGAGGUUAAGGAAGAAAGAAAAAUGUGAUGAUGAAGAUGAGUUUAUAGAUAAUGGCCCAUCCAUCAGGACAACAAAUAGGAGAAAAAGGGGCCAGAAGAGAAGGGUGCUUCUUUCAGAUUCAGAUUAUGCAUCUUCUGGAUCAUCUGAUUUUGACUUUACCAUAUCUGAAGAAGAGAGAGAGCAGGUGAGAGAAGCCAAGAGAUUGUGUGGAAAUUUGAGAAAUAACUUGAGGAGUUCAUGCCAUAUUAUAAAUAAUGAAGAGGUUGCUGUUCAUGAGUAUCAACAUCAGCAGCGGAAGCCUCCAGGUCGGAAGGGCAAGGAAAAGAUAGAAGAACCUCAAGGAAGAAAGGGUAAGGAAAAGGUGGAGGAUUUAAAAAGUGAAGUGGGAAAGCAAGUGUGUGGUAUUUGUCUAUCUGAAGAAGAUAAAAGAAGAGUAAGGGGAGUACUAAAUUGUUGCACUCACUUCUUUUGUUUUGCUUGCAUUAUGGAGUGGGCAAAGGUGGAGUCUCGUUGUCCUUUGUGUAAGCAGAGAUUCAAAACAAUCAGCAAGCCUGCUAGGUCAACGACAGGGAUUGAUUUAAGAGAAGUGGUGAUACAAGUCCCGGAACGUGACCAGGUUUAUCAGCCCUCUGAAGAAGAACUCAGGAGCUAUAUUGAUCCAUAUGAAUAUGUCAUUUGUUCAGAGUGUCAUCAAGGUGGAGAUGAUGGCCUCAUGCUACUCUGUGAUAUCUGUGAUUCCCCUGCACACACAUAUUGUGUUGGUUUGGGGCAGGAAGUUCCUGAAGGUAAUUGGUAUUGUAAUGGCUGUAGACCAGUUGCUUUGGGAUCUUCAAGCUCCCAAGUUCAAGAAGGUGUGACUGAACCAAGGGUGACAAUCCAGAGCCUUCCUGUUAGACCACCCCCUGUUCUACGAGAAAGUAUAGAUCUCAACUUGAUUUCAUCACCCCGUGCAGCUUUUAAUCAAGGUUUUGGGCAUCUUCCAUCUUCUAGAUUUAGUAGCAGAAGUGUUGAAGGAGCUUCUCCUGUAUCUGGAGGGGCACCCACUUUAUCAGAGAGACGGUGGAUACACCGUCAAAUUCAACAACUACUUUCAAUAGAUAGGAUGGCUUCUACACCUGGCAGAACCAAUGGAAUUUCAGCUACCAGUUCAACUAGUAACUUAUACAGCCCUCAAAUUGAUCAAAGUAGGGGAGUCACCACUCUACAUGCAAGGACACAGGAUGUGGGAACAUCAUACCACACAUUUUUUGAGGAGAGUCUAUGCAACAAUACCUCUCCAUUAAUGCAAAAUGGAGCAUUAUGGCAAGGACUUAUGGCGACACCCCCAGUACCAGGUUGUGAGCAAGUUCAUCAGUUCAGCAGAUCAAACAUUGUUCCUGAUGGUGGCUUGUCUCCUGCUGUCAAAGAAGAGAGUAACUUUCACAUUGCAAAGGAGCAGUUGCAAUCAAUGGUUAAAAGCCACCUGAAGAGCUUGUCCCAACAUAUUGAGUUAGGGCACAGUACUUUUAAGGAUAUUGCAAGGAGUUCUACGCACACCAUACUAGCAGCUUGUGAUCUUGAGCACAAAAAGAGUGAAGUUUGUACUGUGCCUCCCCCAUCUGCCUGUCCGCACAUGGAACUAAUGGCUGGUGGGCAAACUAGUCUGAUUAAAGGUUGCUGCUCAUCUUGCUUUGAUUCUUUUGUAGGAGAUGUGGUGAAGAGGGUUUUGGAAGCCAGAAUACAAUGGUUGCAAUUAAGACUUUAGGCAUAAAUUGUUGCUGUGUCCAAUGACACAACCUUUUUGUUAGUUUCAGAAAGACAAGAACAUUUAAUUUACUUGUUAAUACAUAACAUAUGAAUAUGAUUCACAUCUGAACAGGAAGGCUGCUUCUUCUGA